AUGGGGGUGAAGCAUGCAAUAAAAAUCAAGAAGGUUGCCAACAUCUGGGACAGAAGAAAUCCAAGGGUGGAGAAGCCGAAGAAUAUACCGAGCAUCAAUGAGAAUCCAAGAAACACAGAGAAGUUUCUGUUGAGUCAUACCCUCAGACCGCCUUAUAAUGUUAUUCUUGAUACGAACUUCAUUAAUGACUGUAUAAGAAAGAAGUACGACAUCAGGGAGCAGUUGAUGAAGGUAGUAAAUGCAAGCAUCAAGAUAUGUGUUCCAGAGUGUGUCAUUGCAGAGCUGGAGAAGCUGGGAAGGCCUUUCCGUGUUGCCCUUGCAUUGGUCAGAGAUAAUGACGUUCAAAGGCUUGAAUGUGAUCACAAGGGAACUUAUGCAGAUGAUUGCAUUUUCAAUAGGGUUUCUGCACAUCGUUGCUACAUUGUUGCAACCUCGGAUACAGCUCUAAGACAAAGAAUAAAGGCAAUUCCUGGUGUGCCGCUGAUAACAUACAGAGGACAGAGAUGUUUUAUUGAGAGAUUCAUUCCUGCGGCUCUCUAG